GGGCGAGGCUUUGAUGGACACUCCCCAGUCGCAGGUCCUGGGAAGCUAACUUGCUAGUGGCACUUGUUAAGUGCUGUCUGAGAAUCGUCCAGGUUUCUAGACUCUCUUGAGGCGUGUAGCCACUGCUGGAGAUUCCAAGCUGACGAUGCCGCUGAUGAAUCACCUGAGGGUGAUUCUGCACGCAUCUCCAUGUACAUUGCUGUGGAGAAGGUUCCAGGUUCCGAGGUCAACGCCACGGAGGUCCUGCAGUCUCUAUACCUGCACUUACAGAACCCGGAACCGAGCCUUACCUCCACUCUGGGAGAACUUGGACCUUGUUCCUGCGGGUGAUCGACAGUCACCCAUCAACAUCCGAUGGAGGGACAGUGUUUAUGACCCUGGCUUAAAACCACUCACUAUCUCUUAUGACCCCAGCACCUGCCUCCACAUCUGGAAUAAUGGGUACUCUUUCCUUGUGGAAUUUGAAGAUUCUACAGAUAAAUCAGUGAUUAAGGGAGGACCCCUGGAACACAACUACCGACUGAAGCAGUUUCAUUUUCACUGGGGGGCCAUUGAUGCUUGGGGUUCGGAGCACACUGUGGACAACAAAUGCUACCCAGCAGAGCUGCACUUGGUACAUUGGAAUGCAGUCAAAUUUGAAAUCUUUGAGGAUGCAGCCCUGGAAGAAAACGGCUUGGCUGUGAUAGGUGUAUUUUUAAAGCUAGGCAAACAUCAUAAAGAACUACAGAAAUUGGUGGACACUCUGCCAUCAAUUAAGCACAAGGACACCCUGGCAGAAUUUGGAUCAUUUGACCCUUCCUGUCUGAUGCCUGCUUGCCCAGAUUACUGGACCUACUCUGGCUCUCUCACUACACUGCCCCUCUCCGAGUCUGUUACCUGGAUCAUUAAGAAGCAGCCAGUAGAAGUUGAUCAUGAUCAGCUUGAGCAGUUUCGAACCCUGCUUGUCACUUCUGAAGGGGAGAAAGAGAAAAGAAUGGUGGACAACUUCGGCCCUCUGCAGCCACUGAUGAACCGUACUGUCCGCUCGUCCUUCCGCCAUGAUUAUGUGCUCAAUAUACAAGUGAAGCCCAAGCCAGCAGCCAACCAAGUCACCCCCUAAGAUGUUCGUAUUUUAGGCAGCAUCUUGCUUUAAUGUAUAUUCACUUAAAAUCUUAACUAGAUUAUUUUAAAAUUCUGCAUUUAAUAAUACUUAUAUGUAUACAUUUAUAUUUCUUUCCUUCCAUUUUUGUAACAACAUUUCAAAGUUUCUACCCUUGUAAAGCAAAGACUUGGAGACAAAACAAUAAAAAAAAAAGCCCAUAACCGAAUCACAUCAGGUUACCUUAGGUUACCUUUCCUUGGGACAGGAUUAAGGCAGAGGAAUCUUCUUUACAUCAAUUGAAGUGGCCAGUUAGGGAUUUUGAUGUUAAAUUUCUCUAAUCUCUCUUUCUCAGAAAGUCAGAGAAAGUUUAGUUUUUGCUUGGUAAAAUGGAAGUUCAGUGUAAAUAACCCAUCUUGAUUUUUCUGUUUGGGCCUUAAUACAGGAGCUUAACAAACCCACAACAAGAGGUUCUUGUGAAUUUUAUUUAAUGACGACAGUCUUUUGUCCAAACUGUUAAAUUGUCUCAUCUUACACUAUUGGUCCCAAUCUUAGCUACCAUCAUUUGGAACUGCUGACCUCAAGUGGCAUUCAAAGGUUAGGUGUGCAUUUAUUGAUUUCAGAGUAUUUCAUCUAUUUUUUUAAGAUAAGGUUUCUCUGUGUACCCCUGACUGUUCCAUAACUUACUCUGUAGACUUGUCUAGCCUUGAACUCGUAGAGAUCUUCCUGCCUUUGCCUUCCAA